AUGGCCCCCAUCGGAGUAGCUAUUGUUGGCGGAGGCAUAUUUGCCAAGGAGGAGCACUUGCCUGCUGUGGAAGCUAGCGACAACCUCACCCUUAAGGCCAUCUUCUCGCGCUCCCUCAAGUCUGCCCAGGACACGGCCAAGCUCGUCACAAAGUCAGCCUCGCCUGACUUGUACUCUGACGACUCGGGCGAGGGCAAGUCAUUCAAGGACCUCCUGGCCCGUGAUGACAUCCAGGCACUUAUCUUGGCCCUGCCCAUCCUCAACCAACCCGACUAUAUUAAGCAGGCCCUUGCCGCUGGAAAGCACGUCUUAGCUGAGAAGCCUAUCGCCGCCGAUGUUGCUCGUGCACAGGAGCUCAUUGAAUAUUACAAGAAGGCGUCUGCCGAAAGGGGCGUGACUUUUGCUAUAGCAGAAAACUAUCGUUUCCAACCCCGCUACACUUCGGCAAGAGACGAAGUGCGGAAGCUAGGCAAGGUCAUCGGCUUCAACGUGAGGGUCUUCUUCUUCGUGAAGCUGGGCGGCAAGUACAUUGAGACCGCGUGGCGUAAGAAGCCUGACUACCAGGGUGGAUUCCUCCUCGACGGUGGCGUCCACUUCGCCGCCGCUCUUCGCCUGCUGCUCGGCAAGGACGCGGCGCCGGCCUCGGUUGCCGCCUUCUCUGACUUGACCCGGGAACACUUGCCGCCCAUUGACACCAUUAACGCCGUCGUCAAGACCAAGCAGGGGGCCACCGGCUCCUUCGCCGUCAGUGUUGGCUCAACCCUCAACGCCUUCGACUUCCACGUGGCGGGCGAGAAGGGCAGUGUGACCCUGUCGAGUCACAACCUCACCGUCAAGCCCUUUGAUGGCGAGGCAACAACAACUCAAUUUGACCAGACGAGUGGUGUGAAAGAGGAGGUGAAGGCCUGGGCUGAAGGUUUAGUCGCCGGGAAACCUAAUCCCCUGCAGUCACCUGAGGAGGCGCUGGCGGACUUGGAGUUCCUCGAGAAGAUCUUCAAGAGUGGCGAGCAGGAUGGCGCAAUCCAGAAGCUGUAUUUGCAGCAGUAA